AUGCUGUAGCCUUGAGAGUGGCAACAGUGAUGGAUAUGCCACGGCAGGUGGCAAAGCAAAAUGUGCCAGUGGUGACCACUCAGAAUGCCUUUGGCCAACGAAGAAGGCCUAACAGAAACUCUUUUAGAUCUGACAGACAGCCGCGAGGACGUUUUGAACGUCGGGGUAGAGCCCCAGAGUAUAACAGACCUGAAUGCCCUAAUUGUAAGAAAUAUCACGAGGGAGAGUGUUUUGCUGGAACAGGAGGAUGCUUUGGUUGUGGCAAGCCAGGCCAUCGCAUAGCUGACUGCCCUCAUAAGAGAAAUCAUGAGGGAAACAGACCUGUUGGACAGUAUCAGAGGGGUCGUGGAGCCACACAGCAAGCUCGAGCUGUGGUCCACGCUAUCACGACUAGGAAAGCAGAAGAGACUGACGCAGUGGUGACAGGCGAGUGAGGCCAGGGAUCGAGGCGGGAAUGCAUGCUGAAUCUUAAUGCCACAGAGGAGUGUCCCGGGGCGUCUAGGAGUCUGUGCAUAAUUUUGUUUAGAUUUGUCAUGCAUUGUUUUGUAAACCGCUUACUUACUAUUCAUAUUUGAACACCUUGUUUUGGAUUUUAAA